CGAAAACUAAUUUGCAUCUGGCCACACAACUCUAACGAUCGUGAUUCACAGCAAAAAUCGGCGGAUAAGCGGAAUUAAAGCAAAAGAUUGGAAAUUAAACGCUAAUAACCGAAAACAAACGGGGAAUUGUAGUUAAACCGCGAUUUAAUCAAAAAACUGUGAAUUAAGGAGCGUCUGCAGCGCUCUGAGUGUGUUUGUGUGCGUGCGUGUGCGCAUGUGUUGUGUGCUUGUGUGAUCGGCGCAGAGGUGGAAACACACCGAAAAGGGGAAAAGAAAAAAAGCGUACAGCCGACGACGCGCAGACGCAUCUGGAAAAUUGCCGAAAAGUGCGGAAAACGCGAGUGAAAAGUGCGGAAGUUGCCGGAAAAGUGCCUGUUGCCAAGCUCCAGCGGAUUAAAAUUGAAAAGCGAUAAAGACAAGCAGCGAAUAUGGGUUGUGCCGUGAGUACAGCACGCGAUAAAGAGGCCAUCGAACGCUCCAAGAACAUCGAUCGGGCGCUGCGGGCGGAGGGCGAGCGGGCCGCCUCGGAAGUGAAACUGCUGCUUUUGGGUGCCGGCGAAUCUGGCAAAUCCACGAUAGUAAAACAGAUGAAAAUCAUCCACGAGACUGGCUACUCGCAGGAGGAAUGCGAGGAGUACCGUCGCGUGGUAUACAGCAACACUGUGCAGAGCCUGAUGGUGAUCAUUCGGGCCAUGGGACGUCUAAAGAUUGAAUUUGCAGAUCCCGGCAGAACGGACAUUGCCCGCCAGUUCUUCACACAUGCCUCCGCCGCGGAUGAGGGCAUCCUGCUGCCCGAGAUUGUUCUCCUAAUGAAGAAACUCUGGGCUGAUGGCGGUGUACAGCAGAGUUUCGCUCGUUCACGGGAAUAUCAGCUAAACGACUCGGCGGGCUACUACCUCAACUCGCUGGAUCGCAUAGCGCAGCCUAACUAUAUUCCCACCCAGCAGGAUGUGCUUCGUACUCGUGUCAAGACCACUGGCAUUAUAGAGACGCAUUUCUCCUGCAAGCAGCUGCACUUUAAACUGUUUGACGUGGGCGGCCAGAGAUCGGAGCGCAAGAAGUGGAUCCAUUGCUUUGAGGGGGUUACAGCCAUCAUCUUUUGUGUGGCGCUAUCGGGCUAUGAUUUGGUCUUGGCUGAGGAUGAGGAGAUGAAUCGCAUGAUUGAGUCUUUGAAGUUAUUCGAUUCCAUCUGCAACUCCAAGUGGUUUGUGGAAACCUCCAUAAUACUUUUCCUCAACAAGAAGGAUUUGUUCGAGGAGAAAAUCAAGCGAUCUCCCCUGACGAUAUGCUUCCCAGAGUACACAGGUACCAACACCUUUGAGGAGGCAGCCAACUACAUUCGCAUGAAGUUUGAAAAUCUCAACAAGCGAAAAGACCAAAAGGAGAUUUACACACACCUCACCUGCGCCACGGACACGAACAAUGUGAAGUUCGUUUUCGAUGCCGUCACCGAUGUGAUCAUCAAGAAUAAUCUGAAACAAAUUGGUUUAUUCUAAGGGAUCAUCAUCAUUAUUUAGCUUGCGUCGUAUGUAGUAUUAAAGGAAAACGCGCAUCCAUACAUUUCCAUUAACCGCUAAGGAACUCGAUACACUUACGUGACUGUAUGCUCCAUAUAUACAUAUUUUUUUAAAUGCUUUAUAUGCUUGACACACACACCUAUGUUUAAUAACCCAUUUGGUUGCCAGUAGUCGCGGAACAAAUUAACCAACUGCAAUUUAGUUAACCACCGUUGGCGCACCCCGUAAGUUAACUAAUUUAAAAAUGAAAAAUGUAAAGUACGCAAAGGACAGCCGAUGAGCUUAUGUAUAUCCUAAUAACCAGCCUCCUGGGCUCCAUCGGUUUUCUUUUGAAACUUAGUUAAGUCUUUUUUUCGCUAUCUAAUGGCGUAGCCGCAAAAGGGGCUGAUUUUUGUAGUGCAGAGCAGCCCCUUUUCCGCCUGUGACAUUUGUCUGGCGUUUUUUGUAGCCCUGGCUCUGUCAAGCAUUUUAUUUUUUUGCCAAAAGCUUGACAGUGUUGAAAAAUUUUGUAAACUUGGGCCUGCAGUUGUAUGCGAUCGCUUAUAAGCCUUAAAUGUAACUAGUAAACUUACUAAUAUGUUUAGUAAUAGCCUAAAUAAAAAGACAAUUUAUAAAACAAAA